AUACAUUCCAUCAUCUAAACUUCUGCUUGCAGAUAAUUGUUAAUAUAUAGUAUAUACAGGAUGAAGAUUAUGAGCUAUCUUAAUACAGUUUUAGCAUUAAUCGUAGUCCAUUCUCUCUUAAUUCUGAAUUCAUCAUCAGUCGAAACCGAAACUCGAAAAGAAGCUUCGCCUUUUCCGGCCAUUUUUGUGUUCGGGGAUUCAACAGUUGAUCCGGGGAAUAAUAACUACAUUGGAACUCCGUUUAAGAGCGACUUUCCACCCUAUGGGAUUGACUUCGAGAACCACAUUCCUACCGGAAGGUUCACUAACGGCCGCCUUGUCACUGAUUUUAUUGCUUCUUAUAUGGGCAUCAAGGAAAAUGUGCCACCCUAUUUGGACCCGACGCUUAGCAUGGAGGAGCUGAUGACCGGCGUUAGUUUCGCCUCUGCCGGAUCAGGAUUCGACACGCUCACUGCCACUCUAACUCAAGUAAUACCAGUAAUAAAGCAGAUAGAUAUGUUUAAGGAGUACGCGAGGAGGAUUGAGGUGGGCGUGGGGAAGGAAAGAGCAGGAGAAUUGAUCAAGAAUGCCUUGUUCGUUAUAAGCGCUGGCACGAAUGAUUAUGUUCUCAAUUAUUAUGGUCCUCCCAUUCGGAGCAAGACCUACACCAUCUCAGCUUACCAUCACUUUUUACUGCAAAUUAUCCAUCAAUUUUUACAGGAUUUGGUGAACUUGGGUGCCAGAAAGAUUGUCAUGGCAGGAGUACCUCCCAUCGAGUGUCUGCCUGUUGUUAUAACUCUCAAUUCACUCCACUCUGAUGCAUUUCACCGACGGAGUUGCAUUGAUAGUUUAUCCUCCGUCGCACCGGAUCACAAUCAAUUUCUGGAACAAGUAUUAAAGAACAUGCAAGGCAGUGACCUUCAACUCUUAUAUGUUGACAUACACAAGCCCUUGCGCAAUAUCUUGCAAAAUACCAAAAAAUUCGGGUUUGACGAUGCAAACAGUGGUUGUUGUGGGACUGGAUUACUGGAAACAUCUUUCAUGUGCAAUCCGAGAUCAUCAGUGUGCCCAGAUGCUUCUAGCUAUGUGUUUUUCGAUUCAGUACAUCCGACUGAAAAGGCCUAUUAUAUCAUCUUUCAACAUAUAAUCCCCGUCAUUGAUUUUCUUAUGAGAUCAUAAUAUGUAGCAAGGCCAAUUAAGGCACAUAAAGGCACGCACUAUAUGUAGCUGAUUUGAUGCGCACGAGUAUCAUCAUUUUGUAGGUAAUUAAUGACAUAUUCUGAUACGUGCUUUCCUCAAAAUUACAGCACGAGAAUGCAUAAUCUUACUAUCUUA